AUGGCUCCGGUAGAGUUGAGAGAGCUUAAGAGUCAGCUUCAGGAAUUGCUUGAUAAGGGAUUUGUUAGUCCUAGUGCUUCUCCAUGGGGUGCUCCUGUCUUGUUUGUAAAAAAGAAAGAGGGGCAUGCAGUUUCAAAAGAAGGGAUGAUGGUAGAUCCCAAAAAUAUUCAUACAUUUAAGAAUUGGGUUCGGCCUAGCUUUGUGACAAAGGAGGUACCUUUUGAGUGGUCAGAUAAAUGUGAAGAAAGCGUUCAAAAGCUCAAGGAUCUUUUGACUACAACGCCAAUCUUGACCUUGCUGGUGGAAGAUUAUGAUUUCAUUGUUUAUUGUGAAGCUUCACAUUUUGGUUUGGGUGUUGUGUUGAUACAGGAAAAGAAUGUCAUAGAUUGUGAUUCCAAAAAAGUUAAAGGUUCAUGA